AUGUCUGAGGCGCCUGCCGUUGUUCUCUCCGCUUGUAAAGAGGGGACGAAGACAGGGUAUCCUUCCAGCCUGCCCCUCGUGCUGGGGCAGUGGAGUGACCUUUUAUGGUUUAGCGGCCAUCUAUACGCCCAACACUUGCCUCUACUGCCGCGAGGCCUGAGUCGGCUGUACUUGGCUGCAGCUGGGGAGGAAGAGGCUCCUAGGCUCCUAUCUGCCCUUCAACAUGUCCGCGAGUACUGGCCUGACCUUCGAUAUCUGGGGAUCCACGUCCCGGUGUCAUCAGUGACCGCUGCUUCCCUCACAUCGCUGCCUCCUCGCCCUAUUGUGUACCUCCUCCUGUCUGGCGUGGGCGACGGGGAAGUUGAAGCAGCUUGUCGCAUUGCAGCAGUCAUGUGUCCCAGGGAGGAGAGUUACCGUGACAUUCGUUUCCCCGGCUCCUCGCUGGGCUUCGGUGGAUACAGGCGGGUGCUGGAGGGACUGGGGGCAGCGGGCGUGAGGGUGAGCGGGGGUGUUUUUGUGCCAGACACCGUCAUCACCAAGGCCGAAAUGGAGGAGCUGAAUACCUUCGCUGAGUCCUUGAUGGGGUGUGGGUUUUACAGGUACAGCAUAGAUGUGUUAUGGAGCAGGACACGCUGGUAAAACUCCCCGGCGAGGUAGUGACGGUGAGUGUUCCGCCUGCCGUUGUCUGCCGUCCGGGUUCAGCUCGUACAAACAAUGUCACGCCAGGUUACUUUUACGCCACCACUGUCAAAUACAACUGGCUGGGGGAAUAUCCUGUUUUGUCUGUUCACACAAGUAUUACUGGCUGGGGGAAUAUCCUGUUUUGUCUGUUCACACAAGUAUUACUGGCUGGGGGAAUAUCCUGUUUUGUCUGUUCACACAAGUAUUACUGGCUGGGGGAAUAUCCUGUUUUGUCUGUACACACAAGUAUUACUGGCUGGGGGAAUAUCCUGUUUUGUCUGUACACACAAGUAUUACUGGCUGGGGGAAUAUCCUGUUUUGUCUGUUCACACAAGUAUUACUGGCUGGGGGAAUAUCCUGUUUUGUCUGUACACACAAGUAUUACUGGCUGGGGGAAUAUCCUGUUUUGUCUGUACACACAAGUAUUACUGGCUGGGGGAAUAUCCUGUUUUGUCUGUACACACAAGUAUUACUGGCUGGGGGAAUAUCCUGUUUUGUCUGUACACACAAGUAUUACUGGCUGGGGGAAUAUCCUGUUUUGUCUGUACACACAAGUAUUACUGGCUGGGGGAAUAUCCUGUUUUGUCUGUACACACAAGUAUUACUGGCUGGGGGAAUAUCCUGUUUUGUCUGUACACACAAGUAUUACUGGCUGGGGGAAUAUCCUGUUUUGUCUGUUCACACAAGUAUUACUGGCUGAGGGAAUAUCCUGUUUUGUCUGUUCACACAAGUAUUACUGGCUGAGGGAAUAUCCUGUUUUGUCUGUUCACACAAGUAUUACUGGCUGAGGGAAUAUCCUGUUUUGUCUGUUCACACAAGUAUUACUGGCUGAGGGAUUAUCCUGUGCCCAACAACAACAACAACAACAACAACAACAUUAUCAACAUUAUCAACAUUAUCAACAUUAUCAACAACAACAUUAUCAACAUUAUCAACAACAACAUUAUCAACAUUA